AUGACUUCAAAAUCUGCGUCGGGGAUUAGCAAUUCUCGACCAACACCUUUGAAUGCGUAUGAUGAUAUUAAGCGCAGCAUUCAGUCAACUUUGGAUAGUUUGAAGUCCGACGGCCUUAAUUCGUAUACAGUUCUCUCCAUUAGUGAAAUAUAUCCGCAAGUAUGCACGUUUAUCAAAGCUAUUAGCCUCGAUAACAUCUCAGACCGUGUUAAAUUACUUGGAUACUUUGCUCCUUUGGAAUCUUUUUUAGUUCAUUUCUCAUUUUCAUAUAAAUACUCGACUUACGAAUCAUUUAUGUUUUACUGGCAAAUAUUCUCACAAGGAUUCCACAAAAUUGUCUCCAAUCUCACGUUAAAUUUAACGGAUGAAUUCAAUUAUUUGAAAAGCAUGGUAUCUAAUAGCGAAAUGCUUGUUGCAACAGUUGAUUCCAUCCUAACAGUGCACAUAUCCCAGCCAGAUGACAUCAAAUUGCUUCGAGAAUCAAUAAAUAAUUUCAAAACUUCAUUCAAACAGGGUUCAAACGAGCUUACCCAGAUUAACCUUAUAGAGAGCAAGAUCGAGAGCUACAGCACAGUCUCUUUAUUCAAAGAAUUUGUGGAAACAAUGGAUUCUCUUGGAAUACGCGGCCAAAUAUCUCUUAAGAGCUCAUACACAUCAAAAGAAUUGCUAAAAAUCAUAAGUUACUCAUAUAGAUUUGCAGUUUUCUCUUGUGAAAUUCUUAAUUAUUAUGAUCGAAGUUACAACCAAGAAAUCAUGGAUUCUAUACAAGCCCUUUAUUACUUACAAACAUUUGCUAAUCUAAAUGACUUAACUUUACUUGCAAAACGUUAUAUUACUUAUACAGAGCUCAAAUUCAGGUCAGCAUCGAAAACUACUGAUAUCAACUUAUCGGAUAUCGAGCAAGUAGUACUUUCCGAUUAUCCGGAUUCGUUCAAUUCCUUUUCUUUGUUUUCAAAAUCAUUUUCCAAAACAUUCGACGUAAAUACCAACAGAACGAUAACAUCGUUGGCCACAGUUCUUUCAAAUUAUACCAAUUUCUUAAGUACGGCCACCUUUGAUGAACAAAAUCUGGAUUUAACCAAAAAAUGCGAUGAUUUGAUGAUGUCUUUCUGUUAUCAGGUCAUUUGUCGAUCAAUUUAUGAAGAUUCCCUUACAAUUUCUGAUUAUAUUUCAUUAUCUUCCCCUAAAAAUAAAGAUAUCUUUAAAUUGAUCAAGAAAUUGAACAAGGCGACAUACAAACUGAAGGCAUUUCAACUCAUUGAUGACAAAUAUGCUAAUUUCAUGGACAGAUUCACUCUUUUACUCAGAAGUUUGCAUAGAGUUUUAUCUGUUGUACAAAGCUGCCUUUUGGAGAAGACAAAAACAGAGUUUUGCACAUACGCACCACCAAUCUUUAGUUUGCCGUACUUAUUAAAGCGAAAAUUGAUGUUAAAACCAAUUGAUCUGUUUCCGAACGGAAGAAUUCCUUCUCCAGCGGAAAUAAUUGAUAUGGCAAGUAGGUACAUGCAAAUUAACAAGAAUGUCUUCUCAAAUGACGAAUAUACUUCCCAAAUUCUCGCAAUUUUCAGUUUUUACUACCACGCGGCCAAUUUUUACACGAAUUGUGUCCCAGAAAAUUCAAAGGGCCAAGAGUUUACAUUUGCUCCUGAAACUACGAGCCUCAGUUUGAAAUUCCAGUCAUUAAGUGAGAGUUUGAUCGAAUUCAUUGAAGAGAAGUCGAAUAACAACGUUCCAUUGGUCGAAAGGUUCUUUUCUAUUAACUUAAUUACCCUUUACAAGAACGGACAAAGCGAACAACCAGUUCAUGAUUUAUAUAACUACCUUUGUGAGAACAUUUUCGUUCCGAAAAUACCAAUGACCAUAUUUGAGAUGAGCGAGUACCUCAAAUCCCUCAUAAAACCUGUUAAUUUGCAAGUUUCGUCAGAUAGCCUUGAUAAUUUCAUGUUUAUUCAGAGUUCUUUCGACAGCAUAAUGAAGCUUGACUUCAAAGUAGACUAUGACCGCCUCAAAAAAGCAGUUGCGGUUCUGGCCAAUCAUAUUGGUCCGACAAACAAGGUCGCAAUCUGCUUCACGCAGUUCGUAAAGACCAUGAAAAUAUUCAGGAAUGCUUCCCAGAGGCUUACUGAUAUCGGAAAGGACUGCCAUCAUUUAAAUCAAGCAGCAUCUAACCUUCCCGAGCUCUUUUUGGCCACAUCUGUUGCUCAUUCGCUUGAUAGCAUAUUUGACUUCCACGGAUUAGUGAAUAUUAAUCAGAAAAUACAUAAUCUUUUCCCAUUUUCAACUAAUCUCACCAAAAAUGUCGAUAAUUUCACUUUUGUUCCAUUGUAUGAAGGUCUGACAACAGUUUUGUCCAAGCCAAGAGUCUCUUUUAUUCCUCCAAAAGAUGAAUAUUAUUUAAGAACGAUCCAGAACUACAUUUAUUCACUAGAUGUGUAUAUUGCUCACAUGCCACCUGAAAACAAGCAAAUUAUCCAGCCUUUGAAGGUUGUUGUCUCUUAUGCUUUAUUAUUCCCUAAAUCUGCUCAACCAUAUGAUGUAAAAUACGAGAAAUAUAACUCAGACCUCCUUUCUGCCCUCAUUUCCCUCAGAAAGUUCAUUGCAAACUCGCAUUCAAACUCAAAACACUGUUUCCUGAUGGAUUCUUUAGUAAACGAUAUCGAAGAUUUCACAAGUAUCGUUCUGAAAUACCAAAUCAAGGUAAUGAACUACGAUUACUGUGUUUUGUCGUUGAGAAUUUUCUCAAAUCUGAAAGACAAGUUCAAACCAGAUUUCAGAUCAAUACCAAAGAUUCCUCAGCAGUUCAAUGUUAACCAGAACCAAUAUGGAACCCAAUCUGCGAACUUUACAAGCGAUAUCGAACUUGAUUGCGAUUUUCCGGCCAUGCAGGCGAUAUACGCUAACAUGACACGAGUUACAGAUACAAAGUUCUACGAUAUCAUCAAGAAACUGGGCGCUUAUCUGAAAAAGCAAAAAAUUCGGAUAAAUGAAGGCCAAGCUGUCCUCAAAAACGCAGCUCUGAUCUCAAUGCAAGAAGAUAUGAUACUCAAACUCGACCAAAACAUCUCAAAAGUUUCAGAUGAAAUCGAAAGAGUCAAAAGCGUCAAACAGAAGCAGCCAGAGACCUUCAAAACCAGAUCUUCCAAGUACAGAGAGCAGAUUGAGGAGAUGAAUAACGUCAUAAACAACAAAAAAGCGAAUCUUGAAAAUUUGGUCAAACAAUUAAAGGAAAUUGAAGAAAGUAACCAGGCAAAGAAGAAAGAACUCGAGGCCCUGAAGCAAUCAAUACCUCCAGAAAACGUCUACAACUCAAGAGGAUCUUCAAUGGACACAAAUUACGACCAAAACAGCGAAUUUCAGUCAGCUCCCGAGAUCGAUGAGUACAUUGAAGCUGUAAAGGCCCAGAAUGAGAAGCUUAUGGUCGCUAUUAAGCGUCGUAAGAUGAUGAAUCAGAUUCCUGAUCUAGGAGAGAACCCGGCGAGCAAGGAAGAGCUCCAGAAGAAGAUAGACAGCUACAAAGAGAAGAUAAACGCAAUUUUGAAGACGAAAAAUUCACGAGAUGAAGAAUUUUUCCUUCAUAUUCCACAAGAUGUCAUUGAUCUGAUGAAUUUCUGCGUAACAAAUGCAGCAAACACCAAUUCUAGGGAUUCUAUUCUUAGAUCUCGUGAAACAAUUUUAUCUUAUAUCAACUCUUGCGAACAAUUCAUAAAGAAUUUGGCAGAAAAGAGAGCAGAGUUGAAAAAAAUGAAAGUAUAA